UACAUCUACAUCCUAAUUAGUGUUUUAAAAAAGAGAUGAGUCCUGGCGCCGGCCGGAAGCUAGCUGAUUUGAAGGACGCGUACAGAGAGAGAGAGAGAGAGAGAGAGAGAGAGGAGGAGAAAGCGCGCGAAAGCAUGGCCGGGAAUGGGAGGAAAACUUGGAACGGAAGAGGAGAAUCUCAGCAAAGCGGAACAGUGAGGAGAGGUGUACAGCAGAGCUGCGCUUUGCCCACUGAUUAUGUCAGGCAUGAGCAAAGCCGUUUGGCCAGAUCUUCCCUUCCGAUCGACAUUUUUAAUCGGCGACAUGCCGACAUCUCGGAGUAAAAUGGCGGGCCAUUGCCGUUCCAUCCGUCAGUGGCAUCGGCGCCCGCCAUGGAGGCGGACGCGCUGCUGAAGAAGCUACGGGUGCUGGAGGAGGGGCACGCCGAGCUCAAGCGGGAGGUAGGCAGGCUCAUGCCGGCGGACCGUCCCCGCGGCGCGCAGUCCGCGGCCCGGCGCCGCGCGCGGCUCUCGUCGUCGUGGCAGGUCGCCGCCCGCGGCAGGUUGCCCGACAGGCACUGCAACUGGAUACUGCAGUCGCUGGGGCAGGCCGUGCACGUCAUUGCCCCCGACGGGAGGUUCCUGUACUGGAGCCGGUAUUCUGAGCAUAUGUUUGGCUAUUCUGCAUCAGAAGCAAUUGGCCGGAAUGCCGUUGAAUUAAUCGUUCAUCCCGCUGACUAUGAUGCAGCACAAAUUGUCAUCCAGAAAAUAUUUACGGGGAAGUGUUGGAGAGGGAAGUUUCCUGUUAAGAACAAGUCAGGUGAGAGGUUUCUUAUUUUAAUCCAUAACAGCCCUUUAUACGAUGAUGAUGGUAGCUUGGUGGGCCUCAUUGGUCUCUCGCUUGAUGUAUGGACAUUAGAGGAGAUAUUUAGUCCCUCAGGCUCAGCGAAAUCCUACCCAAGUACCAGAAAGUCCCAAUUUCAUGCUAACAACCGGCCUAAAAGUGAUUCACUAAACGAACGUUCUCUUCACUCACAGCAACCUGUUCGAUCUACUACCACCUCCAAGAUAGUAACUUUGGUUACCAGUGUGACAAGUAGAGUCCGUUCUCGGAUAAGGACAUGUCAGAAUGGCGAUAAACAAUAUGGUAGUGACUGUGAGGGCCAGUAUUCUGCACUUGAUCUCCAAGCCGAGUUGGCAAUAAGUGAAGAAAACACCCCUAGUGGGGAUGUAAUGCAUCGUGUCUUUGUUGACAAGUCGUGCAAAAGUAGUGAUGAUUCAGGAGAGGGAAAAGUAGGGUUUCACAAGAUAUUUAAUGCAAAGGCUGAGGCAUUAUUGGCGAAGAAGGGCAUAUGCCCUUGGAAAGGACAUGAAAUUGAUGGGGGUUCCGGAAAGAAUAACAUGAACUCAAUACAGUUGCAUGAUAAGCAAGAGAAUGACCAGAAUCAUCAGAGAGUUGCAGUUCUAGAGCCUUUCAUAAUUCCAGACUGCCAAAACAGCGAAUACACUUUGGCUAGCAAAUAUGAGGUCUCAGGUUCCUGGUGGGAUUUCAACAUAAACAGCAUGAGUAGCAUGAACAGCACUGGGAGUACUAACAGCAGCAGUAUUGAGACAGUAGAUUAUGAAGCAGACUGCUCAGAUUAUGAGAUUCUCUGGGAAGACCUAGUAAUCGGAGAACAAGUAGGUCAAGGUUGUUGCGGAACAGUGUAUCAUGCUCUGUGGCAUGGCUCGGACGUGGCAGCUAAAGUAUUCUCCAAGCAGGAAUAUUCAGAAGAAAUGAUAAAUACCUUCAGACAAGAGGUAUCAUUGAUGAAGAAACUACGACAUCCCAAUAUAAUACUUUUCAUGGGUGCAGUUCUGUCGCAGCAACGACUUUGUAUUGUUACUGAAUUUCUCCCACGCGGGAGUUUGUUCCGGUUGCUCCGAACUAACAUUGGCAAGAUGGAUCCAAGACGGAGAGUUAACAUGGCUAUAGACAUUGCAAGGGGCAUGAACUAUCUUCACAAUUCCAUUCCCACUGUUGUGCACCGUGAUUUGAAAUCGCCAAACCUGCUGGUUGAUAAGAAUUGGACUGUAAAGGUUGCAGACUUUGGUCUUUCACGUCUGAAACUCGAAACAUUUCUGACAACAAAAACUGGAAAAGGAACACCGCAGUGGAUGGCUCCAGAGGUGCUACGGAGUGAACCUUCAAAUGAAAAGUCUGAUGUAUUCAGUUAUGGAGUAGUCCUGUGGGAGCUUGUUACUCAGAAGAUUCCCUGGGAUACUCACAAUACAAUGCAGGUCAUCGGAGCCGUAGGUUUCAUGGAUCACAGACUGGAAAUUCCAAGGGAUGUGGAUCCUCAGUGGGCAUCGAUGAUCCAGAGUUGUUGGGACAGUGACCCACAACGCCGCCCUUCGUUCCAAGAACUCCUUGAGAGGCUCCGGGAGCUGCAAAAGCAGUACAACGUUCAGGCGCAGACACAGCGGAAAGAAGCUGGGAAAGUUGCUGGAAGUAUGAGCGUCAAAGAUAGCUAGCUUCAUGUCUUUAAAGUGAUGGAUUAUGCAUAUGCAGCCCUGGGGUUGAUUUAUCCGCUCGAGCUCAGAAGGGUCCCAGGAUGUUUUCCAUGUUGCUUCCAAGAGGAACGGCCAGAGAGUUGGUGCAUGGCUUCUUAAAUUGCAACCUUGAAGCUUUGGAACAGGGUUUGUCUUACGGAAGGAGGGUAGAGGACGCUGGCGACAUGACAUAGACUUCUCGUCGUUUCAGGGCUAGCCUGAAUUUUCAGAACCUGGGAUAGGUGUUCAGAUACGAUUGGCCCAACAGCUCAAUCAUUAUACAUGUGGAAUGUGUGUUACCGUAUUUUAUUGAUGCAUGGUUUAAUUUUAAGCGAAAUUUGUAUUUUCCAAACGUUCUGAUUUUGUUAUUAGAUCCGAAUGAAGUGGGUCCCGUCCAAUUUGGAUGGUACGCACAGGGUUCCCCGUGCGAUAAGUCAAACCACGAUGGCCCCGCGCGUUCAUAGCCGGUUACGUAAUGUGUGUAUGGCAAGUGGGCCCGUGCCGGUUUCUUCUCCAAUCGUCGCGGCCUCUCGCACACGAUCCCCUCUCCUCUUCUCCCCCAACUGCGCGCGUUGAUUCUGCAAUGGCUCCCACUUCGCCCCACUCCGCCACUCCUUCGUUUCUGGCUCCCCCAUCUCUUCCCCCUUAGGUGAAUCGAGGCGGAAUCGCGGGCAACUCUGCUUCUUCCACGGCGAAUCGAGGCAGGGGCCGCGGUUGCUUCUGUGGCAGUCGGCGACCCAAUUCCUGCCGGGUGUGCUCUUUAUUUGCUCUUAAUGAUGGGGAGUUCAGAAGUUACCUAUGAAGAUAUUUUCCGGAGUGGACAUCCCCGCCGCCAGCAUCGUUGGAGUACGCCAUGGACCAAUAGGGCGUGUCACCAACGUUCAAUACAAGACAAAAUCGAACGGACGCAUAUCCUUCUAUGAGUCCGGCUGGCAGGAGUUCUUGACGGGAAAGAGAGAAUUAAGGCUAGACACCCUUGUGAUAAGCACCAUAAGGAAGAGCAGCCGCAACGACUUUCAGAUGAUGGUUGCCGUCGACCAUGUUUAGAAAUAUGGUUUAAGUCAUGAAUAUAUCAACAGCUGAAGUGUUAGUUAAUUAGUAUGUUAAUAUGGAUGUGAUCGAUACAUUGAUAUUUGUUUCUUGAGUCGAACAAAUUUGAAGUGUUACUUAAUUAUUUAGUCAUUUGUUUCCAAAAUGAUUCA